AUGAGUGCUAGUUCGCAGAUGGAAUAUAAAGAUAUCCCUAAAAGAUACAUAGAUCCUUCUGCUCCAAAAGAUGUGGGUGAAGGAAGCAGAGUUAAUGGUAAAGACUGGAAAAUCAAGAAGGAUGCCUUCAGAGUGAAAACUCUAGGUGUAAAAAAGUUAAGUACAUGGGAACACAGAGAACAGAAAAAGUUGGAGCAACAGCAAUAUAAAACAAGAUUGCAAGACUUGAAACAAGAAAAGGAAGAUGCCAAAAACCAAAGAAUUUCCGAUUUGAAGAGAAGAAGAGAAAUUAAGGCCGAAAAGGAAAGAUACGAAAAGAUGGCCCUCAAAAUGCAUGCUAAGAAGGUCGAUAGAAUGAGAAAGAGAGAAAAGAGAAACAAGAUGUUGAAAGAACGUUGA